AUGACAACGGGCGCACGCGCAGUCCAUCCUUCUCCUUUCACUGCCUGCUUGCGAGACAAGGUGCUUGCUGGAGGAUGGUUGGACAUCAUUGGGGAAUGCGCCGCUAUCCUCCUGUUUGGUUCAUGCGCAACACCUCCCACUCACAACACGCCCACACACAACACGCCCACACACACGUCGAAUCCCCCUCCUUGCGAGUCAGCCUCGCGCAGAAUCUGA